CUUCUUCCGCCUGACCGGUACUACUUGAAGGUACUCUGCCCCGGCUCACUACCUUCCUUUCUUUCUCUUCAAUCGUCAGUCAAGGUAGUCGGACCGUCGUCUCCAUCCCUACCCUCCAGCCACCGCCUCGUACGCGGCAUGGACGACGACGACGCCUUCCUCUACGGAGACGAAGGGCCGGCUCCGGCGCCCGCGCCUGCCGUACAGCAGCAGCAGCCAAGUAAAGGACAGCAGGUAGCCGCCCCUUCUGAGGCACCUACCGCCGGAGCAGCUGCCCAAGAAGCUGGAGCUGGAGCUGGAGCAGCUGAAGAUGACGACGAUGACGAUGAGAGUGAUUCGGAAGAGGAAGAGGAUAGUGACUCUGACCUCGAAAUUGUCAUGGACACACCCGUAGAGGCUCAGCCUGCCCCAGCUUCUCGAUAUGGUGCUCCUCCCCCUCGGCCAGUACAGGUGCAGCAGCCCGGCCCUCGCGUGAACCCUGUUUCUCGCGUGCUCAACCCGACAAUGACUUCGGAAUACACACCGCUUUCCAGGUCGGCGGCCCUUGGUGGAGCUGGCGCUGCUGCGUCGCCUACCAAAGCCGCUUUGGCGACUGCGCCUGGUCUGCCACAAGCACCACAGCCAGCCUUGUUCGGCGAAGAGAGCAAAUACCCUGUUCCACCGAUCCCUACUCAGCCUCCUGUCCUGCCUGAAGGCCCGCCUCCUCGGGCUCCGACUACAGCUCCUCGCAUCGAACUUUCCCCAGCACUAGACGCUCUGCAGGUACCUGGCACAACGGCUGAGGGAGAGCAGAUGACUAUCUACCACAUCGACCCAUCUGGUCUGCCAGAGAAGCCCUGGCGGCGGCCGGGCUCGGAUAUGACCGAUUGGUUCAAUUAUGGAUUCGACGAGGUCAGUUGGAGGGAUUAUGGGAGGAAGAAGAGGGGUGUGCUGGACGAGAAGGAGAAUAUCGAGAACCGGGCAAAUGAAGCUGGUAGGGCCAGCGAGGAACGGCAACUUCGUGAGCAAGACCAGCCAUCAAACGAGCAAGACGUCAUGGCCAUGAUGCAGAUGAUGAACAACAACGGGGCAGGUCCUUUCGAUCCUCAGAUGAUGGCCCAAAUGCAGCCUCAGCAACAGAUGCAGUUCAUGAGUCAAAUGAUGGCCAAUGGAGGAAUGGGACUAGAAGCAAUGAUGGCUCCUUUCAUGCCAACGAACAAUGGCUUCGGGCAGCAGACGAAUGGCUUUGGCAUGCCACAGAAUGGAAUGGGAGGCAUGGGAGGCAUGUUUGGCGGAGCAGCAGCUGGCGGCUAUCCAGGUAUGCAGCAACAGCAGCAUCUACUCCAACAACAACAGCAAGGGAUGCGGGCUAGGCCUCCCAUCUAUGCCAAUCUUGCUCCUCCACCUGGAGCUCCUUCUGGACCCUCAGGUCUCCGAGCAGGUACAGCCAACGCUGGACGUCCGAGCGCGAGUGCCACCCCCAUCCCGACUGGACCAUCUGGUGCCGUAAGACCUCCUGGCGGUCCCUCAGCAGGUUCUCCAGCACAUAACUCCACAGGGGCUGCUGUGAAGGGCGAUUCAGUAGCCGGAGCAGGCGAGGGUGACAAGACUGAUGAUAACGAGACGACCGAGCAGAAGAUGGGCGUGCCGAAUGUGAAGAUAGAGGAAAAUGGCGAAGGAGAGGGCGACAAGACACCUACAGCAAAGUCCACAGGUGAAGGUGGAGAGCAGGCCACGCCCAAAACUGCUGAGGAUGGGACAGAGAUCGAAAAGGCACAAGGGGACGCGAAUGACGCUCUUGGCGCUCUUCCCAACCCUGCUGGUAUGGCUCCUCAGGACAUGGCCAAUUUCCUCGGCAUGGCCGGCCUCGACGUCAACGCGAUGAGUAAUCUUAGCGGCUCUGCAAACCUCGGACAGGGUGGUCCAGCGCCUCCCUCAGGCCCAAGCGGUCGUGGUCGCGGUAUCGGUAUUGGCGUGCCACCUGGAGCCCCGAAUGCCCCUCGAGGCCCGUCAGGUGCUGCCGGUCGAGGCCGAGGCGCUCCCGCUGGUGCUCCUACUGGUCCCUCUGGCAAAGCACCACCCACUGGCCCCUCUGCCGAUCGCUCUUUGCCUCCGAAUGUGCCCACUGGCCCGCGAAACCCAGGCAAGAGGUACAACGACCGUGAUACUGGUCCAGGAGGGGGAGACGCCCUCGACUACGGCGGUGGUGGCGGCGGUGGAGCACGAGCCAGGAGCGAAUCCAGAGACGGUGGAGCUCGGGAUGUGGAGCCUUCAAGAAGUCGAGAAAGCUCAGUAGCGACCAGCACGGCGUACAACGGCGGCGGCGGAUCGAGCAAGCAGAGGAGCAGUGCCAGACAAGAUUCGGUACCCGCUCGAGGAGGAGACGAUGUUUCCAUCCGGGGUGCCAGCUCGGCCUCGAGGUCGAUCAGGGGCUCGGCUUCCUCCCGACGAGCUUCGCACCGAGACGAAGAGAACUCGAUCCCCGAAGAAGAGAGCUCCGGAGACAGGCGCAAGCGCUCCUCCACCCGACGAGAGAGGGACCGAGACUCCUUUGACGAAGCUGACGAGCUGGACUACUCCGGCGGCGGCGGCGGCGGUGCUGGUGGUGGUGGCGGUGCAAGGGCGUCCAAGAGUGGCGGCACGACUUCCACAAGGGACAAGUCGGAGCGAGAGCGAGAGGAACGUCGUGAGGAACGUCGAGAGCGCAGGAGGGACAAGGAGCACCGUUCCGACCGGGAUCGCGAUCGUGAUCGUGAUCGCGAACGAGAGAAAGAGCGAGAGCGAGAUGGCCAUCGUGACCGCGAUCGGGAGCGCGAUCGAUCCGGAGACAGUCGUCGCUCCGCCAGUCCUCUACCCCGCGGCUCCUCCGUCUCAGCCUCGGCCUCAAACUCUACUACUACCACUGCUGCUGCCAGCAAGCGAGAAAAGGAGCGCGAAGAGCGAAGUGCUGCUCGUGCACAACGGCGCGCUGAUAAAGGCGAGGAGGAUUAUGAGGAUGGAGAUGACCACACUGCUACUGAAUCUGCGGCAACUUCCGUGGGUGGUGGUGGUGGGUCGUCGUCAAGGAGGAAGAGGAAUGCGAACGAGGUGGAUCAUAGCGAGGAGGAUGAGGCGAGGAGUGCUGCUGGUGGGGCUGGGGUGGGGACUGGGAGGAGUAGUCGCCGUAAGAGGUGAGGGGGGAGAGAGUGUAUGUGCCACCUCUACAUUGCAACUGUUGCGGGUGAGGUGUUGAUUGACAACCUCCCGAGUUGGAGACUCUGUGCUUCCUUGUGAUUUUGCUUUGGCGAUUGGAAGUGAUAUUUGUCAAAAGUGAGGGAGAAAGUGGUAGACCAUCUCUAAGGGGCGGAAACCCCAAGUGGGAAACUUGACGACGACAAUACCUGCUCCACUCCAUCUCUCGUCCUCCUCCUCCUCCACCAUCACUGCUCACUCGCCCCCAGCCCCAGCUCCCUCCCUAUCUCUGUACACCAAUCCAUUCUGCACAAGCUGCAUCCUGAAUGAGAGUCUCUCGGCAACU